AUGAAAAAGGAAAACCGAACAUAUUUGAUAGCAUCUUCAAGGCUGUAUGCUUUAUUUAGAAAAGCCUCAAAAUCUCCAAUAAUCCUCAAUAAAGAUCCAUAUAAUUUAUCCUUCAGUUCUGAUUUAAAAUCAUCAACGCUUACUCCAAAAUCUCCAAUAGUAAGAACGCAAUCUCCAUCAAUUUCCCACAAGCGAUAUCGAGAGACUUCAUUUGUAUUUUUCCCACAAAGCACAAAGGCUCAAUCUCCAGACCGAAAGUCAUUUUCCUUCGAAAAACCUGAAUCAAUCGAACAAAAAUACGAGGCUCUCAAAGAAAACUACAAAAUCUUAUGAGAAGAAAACCAAAUUCUUAAAAAAGAAAUAGGCUUAAUUUCUUCAAAUGAGAGCACUAAAAGUACACUAAAGCUUGAAGGCAAUAAAAAUGAAUUUGACCAGCUUAAAGCUUCAUUUGCAAACGAAAUAGAAAAUCUUUAUGAGCAGCUUUCAAGCUCACACGAAAGUAUACAAAUUUUACUUGCCCAGCUGAGGCAGACAAUAGAGGAGUUUGAGGAUCUAAAGAUUAGGAUUAUUAAAGGCAGGCGCUAUCAUUUUGUGAUGCAAUCACCAAAUGCAUCGGCUUUGCAGCAAACUACCAAGUAGGCUAGCCGUAACUGAUGCAGGUGUCUCGUCCUUGCCUUUAGGCUUCAGUCUUGAGUGUGCGCUUAUGGAUUUUUGCGGCCCUGCAAAAGGCGUUUUGGAGUAGCCUGAUUUCACACAUUAACUCCUUGGAGCUCUCAGCUGCCAAAGUGCCUUUCUUUAGCAGCUACAGGUAAAAGACUGUUCCUCUAUGGCCUGGUUGAAUCUCCGGUUUCUCGAUAGAGGAUGCCCAAGGAUGCAAAGGAGAUUGCUGACUCCCCCCCUUUAAUGUGGAACAAAAUAUAGUAAAAAUUUCCAUUUUUUUUGGUAAAUUAACCCCCCUUUAAUUGGAACAAAAUUUAAUUUUAUAAUAAAUAUUUUAUAUCUAAAAAUCAUAAUUUUUAUGUAAAAAGUUUUGAUAUAAGUUAAUGUUUCUUCUUAACUAAAAUUAAAAAUUUAGUUAUAUCUUGCUCUUGUUUAAAGAAUAGUGCAUCUUAUUUAAAAAAAUUUAUUUUUUAAUAAAAAAUGAUAUUUUUUAUUUAAAUAGUUUUGAUAUAAAUUCAAUGCGAAUUCUUUACAAAAAUUGAAAAUUUACUUAUUUCGUGCUUUAUUUUAAAGAAUAGAGUAUAAAUAACAUCUUAUUUAAACAAAAUUAGCACUUUGAUCGAUAAAAUUUUUCUAAUUUUUUUUUUACCAAUAAAAAUAUACUUAUUUACCAAGAAUAGCCCACUAAGGAGCAUUUUUUGGUUGGCCAGACAAUAGCUGGCUUUGCCAAAUUCGUUGGCAUGCCAUAUUUUCUGGCUAACCAAAUUUAAGAAUGGAGAACCAAAAAAUGCUCCUUGGCAAACAGAUAUAAUAAUUUUUGUGUAAAUAGUUUUGAUACCAAUUAAUAGUGGCGUAUUAAUUAAUAAUAAAAAUUUAGUUAUAUAUUGCUUUGUUUUAAAGGAUAAAGAGUAAAAAUAGUAUUUAUUAAACAAAUUUAUUAAUCUAAUUCGAUAAAUUCUUGAAAUUUUAUAUUGAUUUGUUUUUAAAAAAAAUUUCUUAAUCCCCUUUAAAUUGGAACAAAAUUUUUUGUUCCAAUUUAAAGGGGGGAGUGAGAAUCUCCAUUUCCAACCACAGAAGAGGAGCUAAAACCUAUCACCAACAAUUUUUUGAGGCUGCACUUCCUUCUUGGCUUCGAGUCCGUUCCAGUUCGCCGUGGCCUAAAAGUCUGGGCUAAUGUUCCAAGAGUGCAGGCUGAUAGAUAAUAUGCCAUUUUAAUGUGCAUUUGAGGAUCUGAGGAAGUCAAUGAACUAUUUAAGAUUUAAUUUGGAUGUAAACGAGUCGACAAAGGACGUCAAAAUAAACUUGGUAUUUUAUAAUUAGUUAGAAGAAACUUUAAAGAAAAAAAUUGAAGAAAGCGGUACUUUUUUGAUUGAAAAAAGGAAGCUUGAAGGGAUAAUCGAAGAUUUAAAUAUAAAAUUAAAAGAAAAUUCGAUGAAGAUGAUGGAAAAAGAGGAAAGGAUUGAGCUGCUUGAAAAGGGAGUGAAUUUUGAGACAGUUUCUAAUACUGAUCUCAUCCAAAAGCUGUCUAAAACGAAAAAGCAACUUAAGGCAAGCGAAGAGAAAACUAAAAGACUGGAAGAGUUCAUAAAAAGCAGUAUGAUAUCAAAACAAUCAUAG